UAUGGUAAAGAUUAUACUGUGAACGCAUAAAAAACCCGUCAAGUGCUCCUAUUUCAAGUCAGUGUUCGGUUGCGUACCUAUGCCAGUGGACUGUUUGAAAUGUGUGGAUUGCUCCAUGAUGGAUUGCUAUGUUCAAGACGGCUACAUUCCUAGCGAAUACGCUGAAUACGACUUCGCUGAGGAUGCUUACGAUUUUGAGUGUCAGUUGGCCGAGGCGCGAGAUGUCAAGUUCAACCAAACCCUCAAGGAGCCGUUGGGGAUCGGGACACAUAUUCUCUGCACCGGUACACCCACAGAGGACUUACCAUGGUUCACAGUUAACAUAGGAUACGGAGACCCAAACAAUGGUACAGGGGACAUCGCAGUCCAUUUCAAUGUUCGGGUCCCGCAGUGCUACGUUGUGCGAAACACGCGGCGGCAUAACAAGUGGGGGGUAGAAGAAACUACUGCAUUUAGAUCAUUUCCUUUCAAAAUGGGCCGUCCGUUCACGAUAGAAGUGAUCGUGGACGAGACGGAGACGUUCUGGGCGGUGGACGGGGAGCACUACUGCAACUACGCGCACCGGACGCCGUCGCCCGUCGGAGCAUCCUGGCUGCAGGUGGCCGGGGUCCGAGACGCAACGCUCAAUGUGCAGAAAGCUGAAUUGUACCCGAUGCUGGCACCGCCUGCUGUAGACGUCCCGCUUAGACCUAGUUUAGAUGCGCCAGCUUCGGAAGAUGAACCGCUUUGGCGACCGAACAUCACAGCUCUAUUACCUAAAGGAAUCCCACCAGGGUACCAACUAGUCAUACAUGGAAGGCUCCGGCCCAUCCUGCACUCGUUCACGCUCAACCUGACGGACGCGGCGCGCGACUGGCCCGCGCCCAACACGCCGCUGCACGUGAACGUGCGCGCGCACCACGAGUCGCACCGCGAGCGCCAGCUCGUCGUGCUCAACUCCUGGCUGGGCGCCUGGGGGGACGAGAGGAGGCAGAGGACGGCCACACUGGUGCCUGGCACACAGAACACGUUCCGCAUCCUGCACGGGCCGGGCGAGUGGUCGGUGUUCGCCAACGACGUGCUCAUCGGCGAGCUGGAGCACCGCGCGGCGCCCCAGCUCGUGCACGCCGUGCGCGUGCGCGGGGACCUCGCGCCGGACUCCCUCUAUCUGUGCCCCUCCUCACACUCCCCCACUACGGAGGACUGGAAGGAUGUGUCCAACUGUUGAUAGGAGCUUGACACUUGACGAUUGUAUGACUAAGGGUCGGUUGCACCAAACUGUUUGUCAUCGUUAAAGAGUUCGCAAAAUUGUAUGGUAUGGAAAGUCUCAUAGUGGACCGCCGCGGCGCGCCCGGCGACGUCGAUCAGUCUGUCAAGUGCGGAUGGUGCAGCUGGCACUAAGACUGCUGGUCCGACCUGCAAUGAGGGCUAACGCGUAUGAAUUCGCCGCUAGGAGCGCUAGUGUAGAUGGUCUUUUCCAUAGUUCGAAAUGUCACUUGUCACUUCAAUGACUGACAGCUGUUCUUUAGUCUUUUGGACCACCAUCAACAGAGGCGCCAACUGGUGAGCAAAAAAACGAUAGCCCUCAUUGCAUGCAGCUCGCUGUACAUACGUCUCAUCUGAUAUCUCAAAAUCUGUGAUUCUCAAGGGGGGGAUUAUAUUAUAAGUUUAGCAGUCGUUUGAAAUGUGGUCCUUUGGCUGAUCAAUAUGAGUACAGUCCGUUAACUCUCAGAAUGACAUUCGUUUUUCGGGUAAAAUCGGACGUAAUCGCGUAAUAGAAAAUGACAGUCUCUUACUAAUUUAGUUGCAAUCCCACACCCAAAAAGUGCAGUCGUCUUUUCAGCCUUAAACUAUAUAAGAGUAGUUAAUACCACCAUAACAAUAAUAUCACAAUUUUCUAAUUGUAUAAUUUUACCAUAUGAAUUGAAAUAUGUGACUGGUAUUAUCAACUCUAUAUAAUUUCAAAUUGUUUUCGAAGUUCAAAUUCUGAUUCUAUUUUUUUAUUUAUUUAGAUUAUGACAAAAAGUCAAAUCGCAAUAUAGUCAUCAACCGAAUAUUAAGCAUAAUGUCAUUAAAUUAAGGCUUAUUUUACAUUGAGACAAUAGGUAUCCUUAACUUUUUGCGGUAAGUUUAAAACUUUUUGUGAGUUAAUAAGAAAGCAGAACAGCAGUAUCACCUUCGCGUGUUACCGCCGAUACCCGAUGUAUCUUUCUAAAAUCCGAAGGUCAUUUUGAGAGUUAACGGACUGUAGGUACAGUCGCCAUCAGAUAUAUCGGAGCGGCCAAGG